AGAAGCGUUCAAGCGCUGUCAACAUCUUUCAAGGAGGACAGCCGUGCGUUUACAAAGAAAACAGCUGAAAUGUGCAGAGGAGGGGGCACAUUUUCGGUUUCCUGAGCGUGUUCCGGGUUUCGCUGGAUGAGAGACCAGUGUUUGUCUACAGUCUCAGAGAAGAACAGCGACGAAUGGACAGACACACUGACGGCGCUAGCUUUCUCUGAAAAGUUAGAAAAGUUAGUUUGUCGUUUGAACACAGAAAAGGACUUGUUAAAAUGGCAAGAGACUGCGUUGCAAGGAGCCUGGAUAACACUGACCUCUCUGCUUUACGGGACCCUGCUGGGAUAUUUGAACUUGUUGAGGUGGUCGGCAAUGGAACAUAUGGUCAAGUUUAUAAGGGUCGACAUGUCAAAACGGGACAGCUGGCUGCAAUCAAGGUCAUGGAUGUGACAGAGGAGGAGGAAGAUGAGAUCAAACUGGAGAUAAACAUGCUCAAGACAUAUUCUCAUCAUAGGAACAUAGCCACAUACUAUGGCGCUUUUGUGAAGAAAAGUCCUGCAGGUCAGGACGACCAGCUAUGGCUUGUGAUGGAGUACUGUGGAGCAGGCUCAGUUACAGAUCUGGUAAAGAAGACUAAAGGGAACUGUUUGAAAGAAGACUGGAUUGCCUACAUCUGUAGAGAGGUUCUUCGAGGUCUGUCUCAUCUUCACUCACACCAUGUCAUCCAUCGUGACAUCAAAGGGCAGAAUGUGCUGCUGACUGAGAAUGCUGAGGUUAAACUGGUGGACUUCGGUGUGAGUGCUCAGCUAGAUAGGACAAUUGGAAGGAGGAACACAUUCAUUGGGACACCAUACUGGAUGGCGCCUGAAGUAAUUGCUUGUGAUGAAAACCCAGAAUCUACAUAUGACUACAGAAGUGAUCUGUGGUCUCUGGGUAUCACAGCUCUAGAAAUGGCAGAGGGUGCACCACCCUUGUGUGAUAUGCAUCCAAUGAGAGCCCUCUUUCUCAUUCCUCGCAACCCACCCCCAAAACUUAAAUCCAGAAAAUGGUCUAAGAAGUUUCUGACCUUUGUGGAGAGCUGUCUGGUAAAGAACUACAUGCACAGGCCAUGCACCGAUACUCUUCUACGUCAUCCCUUCAUCAAAGACUUGAAUGAAAGACAAGUGCGCAUCAUGCUUAGAGAUCAUCUGGACAGAACUAGGAAGAAGAAAGGAGAAAAAGAGGGAACAGAAUAUGAAUACAGUGGAAGUGACAAUGAUGAGGAUGAAGUGAAUGAAGAUGAGGGAGAACCCAGUUCUAUAGUCAACCUUCCUGGAGAAUCCACAUUAAGGCGAGAGUUCCUCAGACUACAGCAGGAGAAUAAAAGCCGCUCUGAAGCUCAGAGACAGGUUCAGCUCCUCCAGCAUCAGCUUCAGGAUCAGGAACGUUAUAAGAAGCAGCUACUUGCUGAUAGACAGAGGAGGAUUGAGCAUCAACAGGAGCAGAGAAAAUUCCUUGAAGAUCAGCAGCAAAAAAGGCAGUUACAGGCAUUUCAGUGCCCAGAGCUUCAGGAACUGUUAUGGCAAGAAGAGGCUGAUCAUGAUGAAAGAAGCCUACAAGAGGAGAACGCUAAAUGUAAUGUCAAGAAACAGCCUGAAGAUUCUGGACGUCAAAGGGCUGAUGUGAGAUCCAGGCCUUUAGGUCCAUUUGCUGACCAGGGGAAGGCCAAACAGCCAGCCCAGCAGCAGCUGGCUAGAAAGAUCCACCGCACACUUCCCAAAGAUCAGACACAGCUGCUUUUGCUUCAGCACGACCACAGGCACAAGCAAAGGGAUGCCCAGAAGCCUGCUAGUGCCACUCCUAACUAUCUUGCCAGCAGCCAGCGUAAACUGAUGGAGGACAAAAUGAAAGCUUUGAAGAGCCAUCAUGCUAAUCUGAACAAAACAGAUGCAGGGUUUCCCAUGCACAACCAGUCAAGACUGAGCUCAGGAAGCAACUCCAGUCCCUGUACACCAGCCCUCCAGAGAGCUGCCAUUCAGAAUGCAAACUUGUGCUCAAGUCGAGAAAGUCAACUCAGUAACUCCAUGUCUGAUAUGGCUAGUCCUGGUCUGUCACCUACAGUUGAUGACGUAUUUUUCCCAUGUCCUAAGGAGCAUCCUCCUAAGGUACCAGAGCGUACAACUUCAAAAUUUUACUGUAAAGAGCUCAUGAGCCACCAUAGAACUACAUCACAUGGAAGUCUCCAGUCUCCUGAGGAGAAAAGGGUACUGUUCCCAGCUUCUCAUAGCAGCAUAAGCAGCGCUGAGUCAGGUUACCAUCAUCCAGAAAGUUCUUCUCACAGUCAUAUUCGGCAAUUCAAAAACUCUCCAGAUACAUGUUCAGGAACAUCAUUUAAAUAUCAGGACUUCCACCUGAGCCCUAGGCACAAGUCUCACCUCAGUCCAUUUGUAAAAGCCACAGAGUAUUCUUCUUCCAGUGAUGAGGUGGGGAGCAGUGAUGAUGACGAAAAGGCCAGGUCACCACUGAGUAAUGACAGGAGUAAUUUUUCCCAAAGAGCACCUGAACAUAUAGUUCUACAGCCUCACUGCAAUCUUAUUCCACAACGGGUGGGAGCUGGUAACAGUAAUAUUGGAUUGGAGUCAAAUGACAACUACCUUCUCCCAGACAUCUUGCACAAAAGUCCAAGCCAUGAGCCCCUAGGCCUGAACCAGAAUGACCUCAUCUGCCCUCAGUCUCCUUCUCAAUGGAGCCCUCAUUCCAAGAAACCACUUAAUGGCCAGCCAGCAAAGAGCAUUUCAUCUUCUUCAUCUUCCUUCACGCCAUUCAUAGAUCCUCGCUUGCUACAGAUCUCUCCACUUCAGAGCCCACAAGGAAAUAGUCAGAACAGUGUAAAGGCUGAACCAAUCAAGAGGCAGAACCACAGGAAAGGCUCAGUUGUCAAUGUGAACCCUGCCAACAUCCGUCCACAGAGUGACACACCAGAGAUACGCAAAUAUAAAAAGAAGUUCAAUGCUGAGGUCCUGUGUGCUGGUCUGUGGGGUGUGAAUCUCUUGGUUGGUACUGAGAAUGGUCUGUGGCUGCUGGACCGCAGUGGUCAGGGUAAAGUCUACUCACUCAUCACCCGCAGGCGUUUCCAACAGAUGGAUGUACUGGAAGGCCUCAAUGUGCUCAUAACUAUCUCAGGCAAAAAGAACAAGCUGAGGUUAUACUACCUGUCAUGGUUGAGGAAUAAGAUCUUGCAUAAUGACCCUGAAGUGGAGAAGAGACAGGGUUGGACAUCAGUGGGAGACAUGGAGGGGUGUGUGCACUACAAAGUUGUGCGUUACGAAAAGAUUAAAUUCCUGGUUAUUGCCUUGAAGAAUGCUGUAGAAGUCUACGCAUGGGCUCCUAAGCCAUAUCACAAGUUUAUGGCUUUCAAAUCAUUCACCUCUUUGCCUCAGAAGCCACUGUCCGUGGAUCUGACUGUUGAAGAUGGACAGAGGCUAAAGGUCGUCUAUGGAUCAGUAUGUGGGUUUCAUGCAAUCGAUGUCGAUUCUGGAACACCCUAUGACCUGUAUCUGCCCACACAUAUCCAAGGCUCAAUCCGUCCUCAUGCCAUAAUAAUCCUGCCCAACAGCAGUGGGAUGGAACUGUUGGUUUGCUACGAGGACGAAGGCAUCUACAUCGACACCUACGGCCGCAUCACCAAGGAGACGGUGUUGCAAUGGGGAGAGAUGCCUGCUUCUGUUGCAUAUCUUCAGUCAAACCAAGUCAUGGGUUGGGGAGAAAAAGCCAUAGAACUGAGAUCAGCUGAAACUGGAAAUUUAGAAGGAGUCUUCAUGCAUAAAAAGGCCCAGAAACUCAAAUUCUUGUGUGAGAGAAAUGACAAGGUCUUUUUUGCCUCUGUGCAGUCAGGAGGCAGCAGUCAGAUCUACUUCAUGACGCUGGGACAGAACUCACUCUUCAACUGGUGAUUUCUUAGAUUUGAGAAAGAGCUUUGCUCAGGGUAGAAUGCUUCAGAAGAUUUAAAUAAAGUAUAAAAAUGCAAGAAUCAUUCCCCAAA